GGGGCGGCGGCGGCGGCGGGGCAGCCCCGCAGCCCCGGCCGGCGGACGGAGCCGGAGCCGCUGCGGCAGCGCCGGCGCCCCGAGCCCGCAGCAUCCUCCCCGACUCAAGAUGACGACGGCCACGCCACUGACCAAUAACACUCAGCUCUCAGUGAAUGUGACCACAAAGUCUCAAGAACAGAAUCUCUAUCAAAGCUCUGGAGCAAUAGUUGCUGCCAUCGUGGUGGGGGUGAUUAUUAUUUUCACAGUGGUUCUGCUCAUCCUGAAAACAUACAACAGGCGCAUGCGAGUGCGGCGGGAGCUGCAACCCAAAGGCUCCAAGCUGGCAGUGCCACCUCCCAUGGGGCACAGCAGCCACAGCCUGGCCCAGCAGCCCUCGGUGACCUUCAUCCCUGUGGACAUCCACCUGCAGCGCAGGUAACCAGGAGCUCCCUGCCAAAGAGAUGGAAUUGUUACCCCAUGGAGCUGGGACUGCUCAGAGAGCUGCACUGGGAGCAGCAGCCAGCUGUUACAAACCCUGGUUCCUUGCUUUGGGAGGAAAAACCAGAGGUCUGGACACUUUUGCUGUGACUGAAAUAACAGGUGGAGGUCUAGGAAUCAUCAGGAUGGCAGCGAGGCCUCCGCUGGGUCUGGAUAAACCAGGAAGAGAUGUCCAGGUUUUGUGGAGCUUUUGCUUCCUCAGAGACUCUGCACCCUCUCUGUUCUGCUGAGGAACUGGAGGAAAAGUCUGGACACACCCCAAACCCAGGUGGGACCUGAGUUUGUUCCGAGUUACAUGGAAGAGGUUUGUGGAUUAUUUUAUACCUGAUGGGUAGUACAGGUGGUAUCAAAAUUGUAUUUAUCUUUACUCCUAUUUCAUGUUUCUAAUCCCACAUAUGUACAGGUUGAGGAAAAAAAAACUUACUUCCUAUUUUCAAGUAUUUUAAACUGUUUCUAUAAACUCUGUAACUCUCCACUUCUGAAGGAACUCAGUGUAUGAGGGGUUUCACUCUCAAUUCAGGUUCAUGGCUGGAGCUGUGUUAGAAUGCUCUGUUUUACACAAAAUCUGAGUUCUUUAACUGACAAAAAUAAGCAUGGAAAUAGAAAAAAACAGCUUGGACAAAGCAGGGGAGGCUCUGUGCAGCCCCCAUGUGCCACUCACCCUGCAAGGCUUUGUUCUCUGGUGCAGCCCAACUAUUUUUAACCAUUUUUUAUUCUCAAAACCAACCCGGAGCGAGGCUGUUUUGUGAGUGUGAGGGCUGUGGGUGUGCAGCAGUGGCACAAAGGAAUUCCCAGGGACACUCAGAGCCCACGGGUGGGAACACAGAGCACCAUUGUCAGACACUGACUGCCAGAUUGUCUGAGAUUUUAUAUUUCGUACUUUUUUCCAAUAAGCUUGGAUCUCUUGAGCAGGUCAGUUUAACUAACUGGUAAUUUUUAUUGUGCAGAAACUAAAUUCAAUUACUUUGCAAUAUUGUUUUUUGGCUGAAACUGGAGCACGGUUUGGAUUCCAAACCAAAUAUUGAGACAGCUGUUUGUGAAGUUUCUGAAUCACCUUGUGAAUAUUUCUCUUGUCCUCGUUCUUUACCUUAUUUUUUGU